AUGCUGUGGAUAUAUCUCAUUGCGGCGUUGAUUCAGCUGUGCUGGGUCACUCUCGGUCUCUCUGAGUCUACUGUUACCAUUCCUUGGGUAGGAGACGGCCCCGAUUACUUCCAGGGCUAUGGCGCCAAAGUCCUUGGCUCACACGGUGACACCACUUCCUAUGCAAUCAACUGCCUUGCCGCAGAAACAACCUGUCAGUCGUUCUCGCCUGAUCUGACUGUUGUUGCUGGACCUCUUACAUACGAGGUGAUUGGGAGCGGUGCUGCAUUUGACAUCAAGUCGGAUUGCACAUUCAUCGGUGAUCCCUCGCCCACUCUCGCAACCUGUGUCCAAACCAUCUCAUACCACAAGACACCGGUUGUCACUACAUCCUCGAUUACUGUCACUGGAACCAUGAAUCAGAUGACAGGAAUCUACCCUGCGAUGUUAUGCAUGACUGAGACUGGAGAUUCUACCACAACCAAUCAACCAGCCAAGACCGAAGUACCCGUGUCGACCAAGCCACCAGUUUCGACUACGACUUCCAGCCUUGCUACAACCAGCACAGUCAACGGUCAAUCAACUGUUGCUGAGACCGAAGCCCAAAUCUCGACAGCGACUGAAACCCAGAUCCUCCGCCGCCCUGGAAAUUCCACCAUUUAUUCGAACGGCACGGAGACAGUGACAGUGUCCGUUUUUGUCACCGAGAGGCCCGCAGCUGUUACUUGCAAGUGUGACUGUGAAUAUCCCCAGGUUAACCAGACAGUGAUUUCGAAGGUCAAUCCCAACGGCGGUAAUAAUAUCACGGCAAAGAAAAUAGGUCUAACGCUACUGGGUGCAAUUCUCACCAUUGUUGCAUUUUGCAUCUAA